UGGGUGGAGACAGGGAUCUCCCGGUUGUUUGGUUGUUUUCGGGGAGCGCUUAAAGUUUUCUAACGGGAGCCGAGAGAGGACGAGGAGCUGCUGGUGCGGCGCGUUCACGAGGAAAGAGCGCGUGUGCGCGUGCUCCCCUUCCCCCCUCACCUCCUACCCCCUCGUCGCUCCUGCCAGUCAGUCAGUCAUGCCACCCAAAGCCCCUCGCAAACCGGCUGUUGCGACCUCAGAGCCGCCGCCGCCGCCUUCCCCUCCCCCUCGCGAGGAGGAACCGGAGCCGGACAGCGGCCCAGAGGACCUGCCGCUCGUCAGGCUUGAAUUUGAAGAAGCAGAAGACCCUGAUUUUACCACAUUAUGUCAGAAACUAAAGAUACCAAAUCGUGUCAGGAAAAAGGCUUGGGAGAAUUGGGAAAAAGUUUCAUCUAUGGACGGAGUUUUGGAAUGUUAUAUUCAAAAGAAAAAGGAAUUAUGGGGAAUCUGUAUAUUCACUGCAGCUAUAGACCUGGAUGAGAUGCCAUUCACCUUUACUGAGCUUCAGAAAAACAUAGAUAUAAGUGUACACAAAUUUUAUUAUUUGCUAAGAGAAAUUGAUACCAGUACUAAAGUGGAUUGUACUAUAUCCAGAUUAAUGAAGAAAUAUGAUGUUUUAUUUGCACUCUACCACAAACUGGAAAGGACAUGUGGACUUAUAUAUAUGGCUCAACCUAGUAGUCCGGUGUCUUCUGAAAUAAAUUCUAUGUUGGUGCUAAAAGUUUCUUGGAUCUUGUUUUUGUUGGCUAAAGGGGAAGUAUUACAGAUGGAAGAUGAUCUGGUGAUUUCAUUUCAGUUAAUGUUGUGUGUCCUGGACUAUUUUAUCAAGCUCUCACCUCCUGCAGUGCUCAAGGAGCCAUAUAAAACCGCAGUGAGUACAUUAUCUAUUAAUGGUUCACCCAGAACACCAAGGCGAGGUCAAAACAGGAGUGCACGGAUAGCACGACAACCAGAGACUGAUACAAGAGUCAUUGAAGUUCUUUGUAAAGAGCAUGAAUGUAAUAUAGAUGAGGUAAAAAAUGUAUAUUUCAAAAACUUUCUACCCUUCCUGAAGUCUCUUGGUAUUGCAGCUUCUAAUGGAUUACCAGAGGUUGAAAAUCUCUCUAAACAAUAUGAAGAAAUUUACCUUAAAAACAAAGAUAUGGAUGCAAGACUCUUUCUGGAUCAUGAUAAAACUCUUCAAGUUGAUUCUAUUGAUAGUUUUGAAAUGGAGAGGACGCCAAGAAAAAAUCAUCCUGAUGAAGACAUGCCUUUGAUUCCUCCACAGACUCCUGUUAGGGCUGUCAUGAAUACUAUCCAACAGUUGGUGAUGAUACUAAAUUCAGCAAGUGAUCAACCAUCAGAAAAUCUUAUCUCUUAUUUCAAUAAUUGCACAGUCAAUCCUAAGGAAAGUAUCCUGAAAAGAGUAGAGAAUAUUGGACGCAUCUUUAAAGAGAAAUUUGCUGAGGCUGUUGGACAGGGAUGUGCAGAAAUUGGAUCACAGCGAUACAAACUUGGAGUGCGAUUGUACUACAGAGUUAUGGAAUCUAUGCUUAAAUCAGAAGAAGAACGUUUAUCUAUUCAGAACUUCAGCAAACUUCUGAAUGAUAACAUCUUCCAUACAUCCCUGUUGGCUUGUGCUGUCGAGGUUGUAAUGGCCACAUAUGGCAGGAGUACAUGCCAGAGUCAUGAUUCCGGAACAGAUUUGUCUUUUCCAUGGAUUCUGAAUGUACUUGAUUUAAAAGCAUUUGAUUUUUACAAAGUGAUCGAAAGCUUUAUCAAGGCAGAAGCUAGCUUGACAAGGGAAAUGAUAAAACAUUUAGAACGUUGUGAACAUCGGAUCAUGGAAUCACUAGCAUGGCAAUCAGAUUCACCUUUAUUUGAUCUCAUUAAACAAUCAAAGGAACGAGAAGGACCAGUUGAUCACCUCCUUGAACCUACUUCUACUCUCAAUCUGCCUCUCCAGCAUAAUCACACUGCUGCAGAUCUGUAUCUUUCUCCUGUAAGAUCCCCCAAGAAAAAAGGAUCAACAGCUCGAAUAAAUUCCACUUCAAAUGCAGAACCACAGACAACAUCAACCUCUCAAACUCAGAAGCCACCGAAAUCUACCUCCCUUUCACUCUUUUACAAAAAAGUGUACCGGUUGGCAUAUCUCCGGCUGAAUACUCUGUGUUCACGACUUCUGUCAGAUCACCCAGAGCUGGAGCACAUCAUUUGGACCCUUUUCCAACACACACUGCAAAACGAGUAUGAACUCAUGAGGGACAGGCAUUUGGACCAGAUUAUGAUGUGUUCCAUGUAUGGCAUAUGCAAAGUGAAGAAUAUAGAUCUUAAAUUCAAAAUCAUUGUUACCGCAUAUAAGGACCUUACCCAUGCCAUCCAGGAGACUUUCAAACGUGUUUUGAUCAGAGAAGGGCAGUAUGAUUCCAUUAUAGUCUUCUACAAUUUGGUCUUCAUGCAGAAACUAAAAACAAAUAUUCUACAAUAUGCUUCCACCAGGCCCCCAACCUUAUCACCGAUACCUCACAUUCCUCGGAGUCCUUACAAGUUUUCUAGUUCUCCUUUACGUGUUCCUGGAGGGAAUAUUUAUAUAUCACCCUUGAAGAGUCCAUACAAAUUUUCAGAAGGCCUGCCAACUCCCACAAAAAUGACUCCAAGAUCAAGAAUCUUGGUUUCAAUUGGUGAAUCAUUUGGUACUUCAGAGAAGUUUCAGAAAAUAAACCAGAUGGUAUGUAGCAGUGACCGUUUGCUCAAGAGAAGUGCUGAAGGAAGCAACCCUCCAAAACCACUUAAAAAACUACGCUUUGAUAUUGAAGGAUCGGAUGAAGCAGAUGGAAGUAAACAUCUCCCUGGGGAAUCCAAAUUUCAACAAAAACUUGCAGAAAUGACAUCUACUCGUACAAGAAUGCAAAAGCAGAAAAUGAACGAUAGCAUGGAUACCUCAAGCAAGGAGGAAAAGUGAAAAUCUUCUCAGGACCUUGCUCAGCACUGUAUACACCUCUUGUCUUCGUUCAUUGCCUUUCCUUUACCGAACAGCACACACUGUGUCCGGUUUCUAUUUACUACCAUAUGUAGUAUAAAUAUAGCUUUCAGAUUGAGGCGGGGAUCUUUUAGGGGCAUGCAUUUGUGUGAGACCCCUGAGUUAUUUACAGUGUUGUCAUAAUAUGUACAGUGCUUUUGUACAAGAUGUAGUGUCUUAUGCAAAUAUUGCCACUUUAAAGUUGAGGCAGAUUGUUUUCAAUUUCUAACAUAUAAAGAAAAUGUUGUGCUUUGCAGAUUGAGCAUAAAGACAAUGCAGACACACCCAUCAUUAUCCUUCUGAAUACUAUGCCUUAUGAUGUAGCAUGUGUGUGAUGUAUGCCACUUCUGUUAAUUUAUGUAUUUUUUAAUUUAAUGUGAGCACACUUGGGAAGAUUUUCCCACCUUCCAAAUGCAAGUUGGUUGAUUGCCCAUACAUUUUUUGUUAUCCUGAACUCUUCAGCUGAAAUAGAUAUUGAAAAUUGGAAAAAAAAAUACUGAUUUUUCUAUACA